UUCUACGACGCAAGGCGGAAGUAAACAGAGUGGACGCGCUAUUCUGUACCGAGACGUCUUUGCAGUCAGUAUUCAGCGCAGUAUUAGCACGAGUCAGCUUGUUUACAGCAGUCUGACGGACCAGACAGAUAACCAAGCGAGGAAACACCUCAAAGAUUACGGCUUUCUAUAGUGUUUAGCGUCCUCGGGGCUCAGCAAGUGUUAUUUAUAGGCUUCAUCGCAGUGUUUAUGUGAACGCGGCCCAGUGUUCACUGAUGCUCCUGCGGUUCAUAUGAGUUCACACACACAUACACACAUCACUGCAGGAUUACCCGCGUGUCUUGAAGGUUAUAUUAUUAAUGUCAUGACUGCAGUGGCUUUAUUGGGUGACAAAGAAGAUUGAAUAUCUUCCUGUGAGGACAUGACUGACAGUCAACUUUAUGCUACGAGAAACGUCUAACGUACACAAUUCUCUGCUGUUUUUAAUACUCGGACGAGAAAAUGCGCUCAGAAACACUACAGGACUCUGAUUUCUGGAUUUUCUGAAGAAUUAAACCGCAAAAAGACGCCAACAUGAGGAUCUUCAGGACUUUACUGAACGCAGCGUCCAAGCAAAUCGACUUCUACUCCAGAUUCUCUCCUUCUCCUCUGUCUAUGAAGCAGUUCAUAGAUUUUGGUUCGGAGAACGCCUGUGAGAAAACGUCAUUUACAUUCUUAAGGCAGGAGCUGCCCGUCAGGCUGGCGAAUAUAAUGAAAGAAAUCGACUUGCUUCCUGACAACCUUCUGAGAACUCCUUCAGUGCGGCUGGUGCAGAGCUGGUACAUGCAAAGUUUUCAGGAUAUACUGGAAUUCAAGGACAAGGAUGCUGACGAUGAAACAGUCAAUCAUGAUUUCACAGAUGCUGUGAUUAAGAUCAGAAACCGCCACAAUGAUGUGGUGCCCACCAUGGCUCAGGGUGUUGUGGAAUACAAGGAGACCUACGGCACUGACCCCAUCACCAGUCAGAAUAUGCAGUACUUUCUGGACCGUUUCUACAUGAGCAGGAUUUCAAUCAGAAUGCUCCUGAACCAGCACACUCUUCUGUUCGGAGGAAAGGUGAGGGACAAUCCUGCUCAUCCCAAACAGAUCGGCAGCAUUGACCCCAGCUGUCGGGUCACGGAUGUGGUAAAAGAUGCUUAUGAAAAUGCCCGAAACCUGUGUGACCGGUAUUAUAUGAACUCGCCCGAGCUAGUGUUGGAGGAAUUUAAUGUUAAAGGACCAGAUAAACCCGUUACUGUGGUUUAUGUACCAUCUCAUCUCUACCACAUGGUGUUUGAGCUCUUUAAGAAUGCCAUGCGCGCUACCAUGGAGCUUUAUGAAGAUGCCAUGGAGUAUCCCCCAGUGCAUGUGCAGAUCGUCCUCGGCCAUGAAGACUUGACUGUUAAGGUCAGUGAUCGAGGAGGCGGAGUCCCGCUGAGGAAGAUUGACAGGUUGUUUACAUACACCUACUCCACAGCCCCUCGUCCUCAGAUGGACACAUCUCGAGCCACUCCACUGGCUGGUUAUGGUUAUGGGCUGCCCAUCUCCAGACUUUAUGCCAGAUAUUUCCAGGGUGACCUGAAACUUUAUUCUAUGGAGGGAUUUGGCACAGAUGCUGUUAUUUACAUCCGAGCUUUGUCCACCGACUCCAUCGAGAGGCUUCCAGUUUACAACAAAUCAGCCUGGAAACAUUAUAAGACCAUCCACGAGGCUGAUGACUGGUGUGUGCCCAGCAAAGAGCCCAAAGACAUGACCACCUUCCGCAGCUUCUAGACUCUCCUUUGGGUCUGUACCACAAACCUGGAUUAGCUCGCUAGCCAGUUAAGUUUUAGUUUAGUUUGCACCAAAUCCAGGGUUUUAGCUAACACGACGGCAGCUCGACUUCAAUCAUGGUAUUAUUUAGCAGCUGAGCUACCUUCAUGAUACCUAAAACCCAGAGUUUGAGCAAACUAAACCGAAACUUAUCUAGCUAACAUGCUAAUCUGAUUUAACGGUACAGGCCCCAGAACACUCUUCACCAUCAGCACAGAAAAAGAGACUUUACAUUCAUCAGUAUGUGCAAACACAACCUGAAUAUAGUCUUAAGUAAACAUUGUCGGACUUUAACCUGCUGGUACUAGUAUUAGUAAACAAAAACAAGGUGUUGUUAGUGCCAUCAUCACACUCCACAGAGCAAUAAGAGGGUUAGUUCACCCCAAAAAUGAACAUUUCCUGCUAAUCUACUCACCCGCAGGUCGUGUUUUACUCUCCUGUGGGUGAGUAAAUGACCAGGAAGUCUUCAUUUUUGUGUGAACUAGCCCUUUAAAGCUACUGUUAAGUUUGUUUAGCUUGCGCCAAAUCUUGGUUUUAGCUAACAUGACGGCAACUCGACUUUAAUAACUCUCUGUUGCCAUGGUAUUAUUAAACAGCCCAGCUAAACAACCCAGAAUUUGAGAAACGUUAACUGAAACUUAACUAGCUAGCAAGCUAAUUAAAACCCAGAAUUUGAGCAAACUACACUGAAACGUAACUAGUUAACAAGCUAAUUCAGAUUAGCGGUACAGUUCCCAGAACACUUCCCACCUUCAUCAGAUCAAACUUCUGCACAGAAGAUGAGUGUUGAGACUUUACAUUCAUCAGUAUGUGCAAACACAACCUGAAUAUAGUCUUAAGUAAACGUUGUUGAACUUUAACCUGCUGGUACUAGUAUUAGUAAACAAAAACAAGGUGUUGUUAGUGCCAUCAUCACAGUCCACACCCCAAAAUGUAAUCUAUUCACGGGCAGGUCGUGUUUUACUCUCCUGUGGGUGAGUAAAUGACCAGGAAGUCUUCCUUUUUGUGUGAAAUAGCCCUUUAUCACUAUUGCUGUUAAGUUUCUGUUUAGUUUGCGCCAAUUCUUAGCGGUACAGUUCCCAGAACACUCCUCACCUUCAGCAGAUCAAACUUUAGCAGAAGAGGAGCGUUGAGACUUUACAUUCAUCAGUAUGUGCAAACACAACCUGAAUAUAGAGUUAAGUAAACAUUGUCGGACUUUAACCUGCUGGUACUAGUAUAAGUAAACAAAAACAAGGUGUUGUUAGUGCCAUCAUCACACUCCUCAGACCAAUAAGAGGGUUAGUUCACCCAAAAAUGAACAUUUCCUGCUAAUCUACUCUCCGGCAGGUCGUGUUUUACUCUCCUGUGGGUGAGUAAAUGACCAGGAAGUCUUCAUUUUUGUGUGAACUAGCCCUUUAAAGCUACUGUUAAGUUUGUUUAGCUUGCGCCAAAUCUUGGUUUUAGCUAACAUGACGGCAACUCGACUUUAGUAACUCUCUGUUGCCAUGGUAUUAUUAAACAGCCCAGCUAAACAACCCAGAAUUUGAGAAAAGUUUAACUGAAACUUAACUAGCUAGCAAGCUAAUUAAAACCCAGAAUUUGAGCAAACUACACUCAAACGUAACUAGUUAACAAGCUAAUUCAGAUUAGCCGUACAGUUCCCAGAACACUUCCCACCUUCAUCAGAUCAAACUUCUGCACAGAAGAUGAGUGUUGAGACUUUACAUUCAUCAGUAUGUGCAAACACAACCUGAAUAUAGUCUUAAGUAAACGUUGUUGAACUUUAACCUGCUGGUACUAGUAAUAGUAAACAAAAACAAGGUGUUGUUAGUGCCAUCAUCACAGUCCACACCCCAAAAUGUAAUCUAUUCACGGGCAGGUCGUGUUUUACUCUCCUGUGGGUGAGUAAAUGACCAGGAAGUCUUCAUUUUUAUGUGAAAUAGCCCUUUAUCACUAUUGCUGUUAAGUUUCAGUUUAGUUUGCACCAAUUCUUAGCGGUACAGUUCCCAGAACACUCCUCACCUUCAGCAGAUCAAACUUUAGCAGAAGAGGAGCGUUGAGACUUUAAAUUCAUCAGUAUGUGCAAACACAACCUGAAUAUAGAGUUAAGUAAACAUUGUCGGACUUUAACCUGCUGGUACUAGUACUAGUAAACAAAAACAAGGUGUUGUUAGUGCCAUCAUCACACUCCUCAGACCAAUAAGAGGGUUAGUUCACCCCAAAAAUGAACAUUUCCUGCUAAUCUACUCUCCGGCAGGUCGUGUUUUACUCUCCUGUGGGUGAGUAAAUGACCAGGGAAUCUUCUUUUUUGUGUGAACUAACCCUUUAUCACUAUUGCUGUUAAGUCUCAGUUUAGUUUGCUCUAAAUCUUGGUUUUAGCUAACAUGACGGCAGCUUGACUUUAGUAACUCUUUGUUGUUAUGGUAUUUUUAAACAGCCCAGCUAAACAACCCAGAAUUUGAGGAACCUGAACUGAAACUUAACCAGCUAGCAAGCUAAUUAGGCUUAAAACCCAGAAUUUGAGCAAACUACACUGAAACGGAACUAGUUAACAAGCUAAUUCAGAUUAGCGGUACAGUUCCCAGAACACUUCCCACCUUCAUCUGAUCAAACUUCUGCACAGAAGAUGAGUGUUGAGACUUUACAUUCAUCAGUAUGUGCAAACACAACCUGAAUAUAGUCUUAGCUAAACAUUGUUGAACUUUAACCUGGGGGUACUAGUAUUAGUAAACAAAAACAAGGUGUCGUUAGUGCCAUCAUCACACUCCACACCCCAAAAUGUAAUCUACUCACGGGCAGGUCGUGUUUUACUCUCCUGUGUGUGAGUAAAUGACCAGGAAGUCUUCUUUUUUGUGUGAACUAGCCCUUUAUCAUAUUGCUGUUAAGUUUCAGUUUAGCUUGCGCCAAAUCUUGGUUUUAGCUAACAUGACGGCAGCUUGACUUUAGUAACUCUUUGUUGUUAUGGUAUUAUUAAACAACCCAGAAUUUGAGGAACCUGAACUGAAACUUAACUAGCUAGCAAGCUAAUUGGGCUUAAAACCCAGAAUUCAAGCAAAUUAAACUGAAACUUAACUAGCUAGCAAGCUAAUUCCGAUUAGCGGUGCAAGUCCCAGAACACUCCUCACCUUAAGCAGAUCAAACUUCAGCAGAAGAGGAGCGUUGAGACUUUAAAUUCAUCAGUAUGUGCAAACACAACCUGAAUAUAGUCUUAAGUAAACAUUGUCGGACUUUAACCUGCUGGUACUAGUAUUAGUAAACAAAAACAAGGUGUUGUUAGUGCCAUCAUCACACUCCACAGACCAUUAGAGGGUUAGUUCACCCCAAAAAGGAACAUUUCCUAAUAAUCUAAUCACCCGCAGGAAAUGUUUUACUCUCCUGUGGGUGAGUAAAUGACCAGGGAAUCUUCAUUUUUGUGUGAACUACCCCUUAAAAACUAUUGCUGUUCUGGCGUGUUUGACUUCCAGUAUGUGCAAAGCCAGAAUGUAUUUAUUUUGUCUCGGUCACGAGUCGUGAGAAAGACUGAAGUGUCGAUUAAUUUUGCUUCGUGAAAUUAUGCUUGUGUGUUUUUACCAGCAUAAACGGGACUCCACAUUCCCUGUACAGUCCCAUGAGUUGCAUUUUCAGAGCCAGUUUGAAGAAGAAAAGCUUUUGUUUCAUAAAAGUGUGAGUGUGAAACA